AUGGGAAAACGUCGACGUGAUGAGAAAGAUUUCCAUUUCGAUUAUUAUUUCUUCUUACGACUUGCAGAUAUUUCAAAAAUUCUCUUCCCACGCAUCGAGUGGGCCGUACUGUUCACGCUUGCUACGCUUUUUUUUGCUAUUGCCAGUGAAGUGUUAACAUUCUUGACGGGUAUGAUACCGGGCCGGAUAUACCAGGCAUUAGCCGAUAAAAGUAAAUCCGAGUUCUGGCAUGUUUUUCUCAUUGGCUCAAUUGUAUAUACCGGCAAAUGUGUGUUAGUAACUUUGAAAUCGUUCACAUCAUGGCAGCUCUAUUUAAGUUGGCGCAAAAAUGCGGUAAUCAAACUUCAGCAGUGCUACUUUAAUAAUCAUGCAUACUAUAAAAUCAACAAUAUUGAUGAUUAUGGCGUCGAUAAUCCUGAUCAGCGUAUCACGCAGGAUACUGAAAGAAUGUGUAAUCAAUUAGCAAUUAAUAUAAUGCCUUCUAUACUGAUCGGACCAUUUGUUAUUGCUUUUUAUACCUACAAAACAUACAUCAGUACUGGUGGUUUGGGUAUUGCUAUUAUCUGUGGCUAUUUUAUUGUUGGUAUUAUUGUCAACAAAUUUCUUAUGUCACCGAUGGUCAAAUGGAAUGCUCGAGUAGAAAAAGCUGAAGGUGACUUCAGAUACAAACAUGUUUCCAUACGGAAUAAUGCCGAAUCAAUUGCGCUAUACGAAGCGGAACCAUUCGAGCAAUACGAAUGCAAUCGAAUAUUUAUGUUACUUUGGUGGCGACAAUUUAAAUUCAUGUGCUGGAAAUUACCGAAUUUAUUUUGGCAGCAAUUUUACGACUAUUAUGGUGGCAUUUUGAGCUAUGCAAUACAAUUCAUUCCGAUAUUAAUUACUGGAUUAUAUGAUGAUUUACCAAUACAAGAUUUAGGAAGGAUUAUAAGUAAUAAUGCAUUUGUAUACAUGUACCUAAUCAAUAGUUUCACGCGAAUAACAGACGUAGCACUUAGCACAGGUGAAAUGGCUGGCAUUCUUCAACGGUGGGUGAUAUUUGACCGAAAUGAUGAUUUUGUAGUUGAUUCAGCAUUUAAAAAAAAUGGCACUAAUAAGCUUAUGAUAUAUGAUAUUCAUAAUAUCAGCUAUACAUUACCAAACUGUUAUCCCACUCAAAAGCUACUGAAAGAUUUUUCGUUUGCAAUUAAUAAGGAUGCAAAAAUUUGGAUAACAGGCCCCAGUGGAAGUGGGAAAACUUCACUCAUACGAGUGCUAUCACGAUUAUGGCAACAUGAAACUGGAUAUAUCAGAUGUGGAUUAAAACGUGGGCAAAUUUUACGAUUAUCACAAACGCCUUAUUUUCCUUGCGGUCAUUUAAGUUUAUUUCAACAAAUUAGCUUUCCAGCAACAGGCAUUUCGAAUAGCAUCGAGCGGAUUGAUAACGAUUAUGUGUCGAUUACUAGCAUUUUAAACGAAUUAAAACUUGAUUGGUUAAUUGAACGCUGUGAAGGCCUUUUCAAUCCAGUUGAAUUUGAAUGGCAAGAUACAUUGACACCAAGUGAGCAACAACGACUUGCAUUCGCUCGAGUGUUGUUUCAACAGCCGCAACUCGUUAUCUUAGAUGAAUCGAGCAGCUGCAUCGAUUUGGAAAUCGAAGAACACAUCUAUCAACUUCUUAUUUCAGUAUAA